AUGUGGUUAAAUAACAUUAAACUUGCAUUAUCGCUGAUAACCAUUCUGACGAGCUGCUCAGGAACGAAUAAUAUUUCGAUGAAUGGAGAAGAGCUGAAACGUCCGUGUUUAAAGUCACUCGCGAUGUCGAUUUCCGACAUUGAUUUGGAGACAAUUUAUCCAAACGGAACGUUGCUCCACGAGGGUAUAUUGUAUCCUCCCAAAUGGUAUUGGCACGAGGAAAACGUAACUUAUGCUUGCUUGUGCGAAAUAACUUCGCAUUGUAUACGAAAGUGUUGCCCGAGUAAUGAAAUAUUGGCGGGAAGUUUAAUCCUUGAGUGCGUAAAUAAUGACAAGAGCGAUAAAGGAAUUGGUGAAAUCGCGUUGCUGCGUUCAGAGCUCGCUCAAGAUUUAAGAAAUUUGAGUCGAAUCGAGGAUCACUUUGUACUCGUGAAAAAUCAGUAUCGAUGUCCAAACGGAAAAUACAAACUCGAGCCUGAAAAAUAUGACGAGGAUAGAUUCGUCCUUCAGUCGAACGGUACCCUCGUCACUGGCGAUAAUAUUUUUCCACAGUGGAAAUAUUGCUUGGACGUGCACGAAAAUCACCCUGGCGUAAGAGUUCUCGUGUGUCAUAAUCCCGAAGUACCGGAAAUCGUCGUUGGUCGAAUUAUUUAUCCCUUUGGAAUAGUAAUUUCAAUACCAUUCUUACUUGCAACACUAUUCGUUUAUGCCGUUAUUCCUGAAUUAAAGAAUCUUUACGGGAUGACACUCAUGUGUUACGUCGGCUGUCUCGUCGUUGCUUAUAGCCUCUUCGCUUCGGCAAACUUGAUUUAUACUGGAAAUACCCUUUGCGUUACGAUUGGUAAGUCUUUAUGA